UAAACAGAGAAGAGGAAGCGCAGCACAUACUGUAGCUAGCAUCCUCGGUUCGGUAACGCUGACGGAGAGGAGGGAGGAGGAGAACACUAAUAACGAACAUAUAGAAGGAUAAAAGCCUCCGUGAUGCAACCUAAAGCUUUGAAGAAGACCGGCGCGCGGUGAAGGAUUUGGACCUUUUACAUAUAGCAAGCGCGAAGCCGAGAGGGUGUGCGCUUAAUCCAAUGGGCUGCGGUGGAAGCAGGGCUGCUGCAAUUGAACCACGAUAUUAUGAGAGCUGGACCAGGGAGACAGAAUCGACAUGGCUUACAAACACCGACACCGAAACCCCCCAGUUGCACCAAGGAAUAGUCAGUAAUAACAUCGGGAGUCUCGAGAGUGCUGGCCCUGGUAUGAAAGAGAACGCCGUGACAUGUACAGGUAAGGCGGAGGGGGGUAGGCAGGCACAGUUAGGUGCAAGCUCCUCUCUCCGGGAGAAGAGGAUGGUGAACACGGGAACGCAAUGUGGGAAGCAGCCCGUGCUCUCCACCUCCAGUGUCAGCACCCAAAGGAGGCCUGUGCACAGGGAAGAGACCAAGCAAGAUGCCAGAAGAAUGUCCUCCAAGGACAUGGCUGUGAAUAUCACCAAGAGUAUCCAGCAAGUCAGCCGGGGGGACAUGACGCCCAGCUGUGUCCAGUAGGGGGGUCUUGUUCUGAGUGCUGCGGGGCGGAGAGGAGCGGAGGACACGGUCUGGGAGAAGACUGCUGGGAUAAAGUGACUGUUUCAAAAGGCCAUCAAACUGAGGCCAGGUAGUUCCAUUCCUAGCCCAGAGGACUGAGGUUCAAGACGCCAUUUGAAUGAGGUGCCCUUACUACCCUGUCUGGUAAUGCAGGGUAAAUUGCCAACUGGAAAAUGCUGCUGAAAUCGACCUUUACCUAUUUGUAAGUGUCCUGUUCGUUUUGUUUGAUCAUUGUUCCAGCCAUUUCAUAAAGAUCCUCAGUUGGAAAUGCUGUGAGUUGUAAUAGAUACUCUGUGGUGACAUUGAUGAUUCAUCAUCUUUGUCCUGCUAGGUCAAAAUGAUGCUUAAAAGGCAUUGAGUGUUGACAGAUGAUGUGCCAAGAAUGGCAUUUGGCUGUUCAUACCCAGGAAUUAUGAUUAGAUCUCACUGGGGCUGUUAUUGGUACAUCUUUGUUAUGUUCAGCUUAAUAAAUUGCCAAGUAUCUAGUUAAAUAUGUACUUCCCAGAAAACAACAUUAGCAUCUAGUUCCAUUUUUAUCCAUGAGAACUGACAAAUAUCAACAAUAAUAAUUCAAUGAACCAGGCAUAGAUUCCCUGGAAAGGUCUGGAAGUAGGAGCGGUUUCAUGGUUUACAUGUAAUACUUGUCAUUACUUCUCAAUCACGGUGCAUCCAUUAACGUAAACACAGGAUGGCAAUGCACAUUGUUGCUGCAAUUAAAUGCAUGUAUAUGGUCAACAAAACAAUAUGCCUGUUAUUUUUCUAGUAAUUCAAAUAACAGAUAAAAUUGAAACUA